AAUGUGGCAAUGGUACCCACGCUAGUGUGUUCUACUCUUCUAUGACUAUGCGCUCUGGUCCCCGCGUUCCCAAAAAGAGGCUGUGUCAGUGAAGUUGCUUGAAGGCAAGUCCAAGAAGUUGGGCCCAGUCCCCAUCAUUGAGUCCAACGAGCGCCAAUAAACGUCCGCGGAAGAGAAAAGCGGUUCGCGUCGGGUUGACCUUUGCGCGACUUGUUGAAGUCAACCGAAAGAGCGCCUUUGUUUGGCGCCACGCAUCAGGGUGCGUUUGUCCCUUUACGAUGACAACGACUCGGUACUCCAUGAUGACGUUUUUGUCAAAGACCGCGGGAAGAAGCAAAGGCAAAGCGCCGCAUCACAAGGACUCACGACUCUAUGAUGACGUUUGGCCGAAGACUGCAGGAAGACGCCAAGCCAUAGGCAGUCAUAUCGCAAGUCGACGGUGGCAGAGAGCAGAAGCGACGCACGGUUCUUUUCCUGACUCCAGAAGCGGCGGGAUGACCAGCAAAGUUUGGUUGGGCCUCCUGCUGUGCUCCCUGAUGGUCCGGCUCAGCGUGCCAGACGCAGCGGCCCAAGAUGCCGCAACCCCGGAGAAUGCAAAACCAGCUCUCAAAUGCUACCAGUGCGCCGACAAAGCGGCUUGUAAGACUUGCCUGAGCGGCAUUUCAACAUGCACCCAACAGACUUGUACCGAAGGCCAAAAAUGUUACAAGAAAAGCGAGGGCGCCGAUGUGACCGAGAUGAGCUGUAAAGAAUGUGCCGAGAGCGACGGAUGCUGCGACACCGCUUUGUGUAACGGGCCCACUUCGGCCGCGGUGCCCAACCGGCUUGGGGGCGGCAGCAUGGCGCUCCAGGUGGCGCUCGCCGCCGCCGCCAUUUUGUUGCCGCUCUGGGUGUGAGGGGCCACUUGUCUGCUUGG